GUGUUGUAUAUCUUGUUCAUUUGUGAUCCUACAGGUCAAAAUUAGGCCGCAAAAAAAUACCUUAAAAUACCACUUUAAGAACCAAAAUGAAUCCUACGACCUCCUAGAAGGAUAGUUCUAUCAUCCUGGUGUAAAAAAAUGCGUUUUUAUUAUCAAAGUAACGGUUUUGAAGGCAUUUUUCGGACGGUUUUUGACGGUGAAAAACUCAACAUGUAAUUUUGCUUGGAUUCUGUAAGUUUUACCGCCAAAUCUGGUCUUCUCUGGGCUUCGUCUCGUUAAGGAACCGCCAAAAUGAUGUGUGAUAUAAUGCCAACGAUAUCUGAGGAUCCGCCGGAGAUUCAGUACGGUCAAAAUGAGGAGACCAAUUUUGAACAACUUAUGGUGAACAUGUUGGACGAGCGAGAUAAGUUAAUGGAGACUCUACGAGAAACACAAGACACACUUUCUCUCACUCGCUCAAAAUUAAACGAAGCCCAAAAAGAAAAAGAAAGUUUAAUGGCUCAUCUGGAAACUGUACUGUCUGAGGGCGAUGAACAGUUAAUAGAUAAGCUUGCAACUCUAGAUGGAAUAAAUUCGGAUUCUAGUAAUAAUUUAAAAGAAGAUCACGAAAACAACCACGUUCGUAGAAUAGCAGAGGAUUUUGCGUCAAUGUUAAAAGAGUUAAAUCAGUCCCGAGAACAAUUAUUAGAAAAGGAAGAAGAAAUAUUAGAAUUGAAGGCCGAGAGAUGCAAUACCAGAUUAUUACUUGAACAUUUAGAAUGCUUGGUUGCACGGCAUGAGAGAUCGUUACGAAUGACCGUUGUCAAGCGGCAAGCUGCCAGCGCUGGUGGCGUAUCAUCUGAAGUAGAAGUCCUUAAAGCUCUCAAGUCUCUCUUUGAACACCACAAAGCGCUCGACGAGAAGGUUCGUGAGAGGUUGCGACAGGCUGUUGAAAGAGGAAACUCACUAGAAAAUGAAUUAGAAGACUCUAAAGAUAAAAUUAGACAAUUAGAACAAGAAAAUGAAAAUAUUCGGAUAAGAAAUCUUAAACGGCUUACAAGACAUGAAGACGAUGGGCUACAAGAUAUGCAUCUUGCUAAUGGUGAAAAUAAUGAUAAUAGAAAGCAGAUGUCUAAUGGUCCCAUGGACCCAACACUAUCAGCAGGAUGUCUCCAUGAUGAACAAAUAGAUGAGCUUCAAUUUCUUCUCACCAAACGAGGGAAAGACAUUGAUCGGAUGACUAGAGAAAGUAGAGAAUUCAAAGAAAAAGCAACGUUAUUAGAAGAAGAUGUAAGAAUUACCAACAAACAGCUGGAACGAGCCACCAAUCAGAUACAGAAACUAGAGAGAGACCUUGAUGAGGCCGCAGCUCAAAAGUCUGACAUGGAAGACAGGAUAGCGACUCUAGAGAAGCGUUAUGUGCGCAUGCAACAUGAAGUGACGGCACUUAAUGAUGAUAAUGAAAGAUUAGAGACAGAACUUGCUGCUAAAGAAACUGAGCUAAUACAGGCCGAAGAGAAGCAGCGAUCCUACCAAGAGAGAUUAGAACUGUCUGAACAAAACUUAAACCAAUUACAUCGAAAAGCAGAAGCCCUGCCGAAGAUAGAAGAAGAGCUAGCUGAAAGAAUGGCAGCCCUCAACAAGGCUGCUGAGAAGCAAGGUAGUGCAGAAGAACAAGUAACAAAAUUUAAAACACAGGUAGAGGAAUUACAGGCAGAACUGAAACGAGCUAGAGAACGAGAAAAGAUGAAUGAAGACCACAACACGAGACUAUCUGCAACCAUAGACAAGCUGCUGACUGAGUCAAACGAGAGACUGCAGGCUCACUUGAAAGAAAGAAUGGGGGCUUUAGAAGAAAAGACGGCUGUCACACAGGAGUUAGAAGCAAUGAAGGCACAAGUCGAGGACCUACAGAAAGAAAAGGAGACCAAAGAAUUGGUUGAACGAGCGACCCAAUCGAUGGGACCAGGCAGCGCGUCUGAUGUUCUUUACCGCGAACAGCGAGGUCGUCGGUGCCUGGAAGAAAACCCAAGUCAAGUCUUCACUUUGAACGAACAAGAAUGGCAGAAAAUGGAACAAGAAAACGUCCUGAAAAACAUCACAAUAGCAUUCGAUACAACGCGCCCGUCUGACAGCACUGCGUUGGAUUUUGAUGAUAAUGAAGGCAGUGAGGUGGCGGGUGACGCCUUGACGUUAGCAUCGUUGCUACAGCAACAGAUAGACGCUAUCAACCAGGAACUGAAUUAUCUACAAGAUGAACAUCGAACCACUGAAGAGAAAACUGAUGAACUUGUCAAAUCUGCAACAGGAUCUACCGGACCGCGAAGGCUUUCGGGUGCUAAUGAGGAUUACCUCAGCAACUCGACUUCAUCGUUUCCAUUCCCGCCGCUCGAUCCCAUGGAUACAACUCCGAUCUGGGUAAAGUCAAGCAAGGAUGGAUCCCUCAACAAUCUAAAUGACGAUAGCCCUACGCCACCCACCCCUAGUUCUGUAGCGUCAGACUCGACAGAAAGCCCUAAGACAAGUAUAACAAGUCCUGUUCCUGAUGUGAUAUCAACUGCUGUUAAUAAUAAUGGGAACUCGAAACUGAAAUAUGAAAUCAAAGAUAACUCCAACGAUUCAUUGCCAAGCGCAACAAGCACAAGCACAACGAGUAGUGCCGAGUCUCUCACGAAAACCCAAUCAGCCAAUAAGAAGAAAGGAAUCAAGGGAUCGUUUGGUCGUCUUUUUGGUAGCAAAGGAAAAGGUCGCAGUAAAGACCCGUCAUCAGCUCCUGACUCUGAUUCCGUUUCCAUGGAUUCCGUAACCACUGGCAACGGUCAGCGAGAGUUAGACAGAGGUAUUAAGAAAAAGUCGCAUUUAUUAGCAGAAGCAUUGGAAGCUGGGACACCGUUUGGUCUUUGGAAUGCACCAACUGUUGUGGCUUGGCUCGAGUUGUGGGUCGGUAUGCCGGCAUGGUAUGUAGCCGCAUGUCAAGCCAACGUCAAGAGUGGAGCUAUAAUGUCUGCUCUCUCUGAUACUGAAAUACAACACGAGAUAGGCAUAUCAAACCCUCUUCAUAGACUCAAGCUACGACUGGCAAUCCAGGAAAUAAUCACACUCACCACACCUUCCAGUCCUCACACCAACAGAAAUUCGUUGGUCUAUGGUGAAAUGAAUCACGACUGGGUAGCCAAUGAAUGGCUCGAACAUAUAGGUCUAUCACAGUACAAGACACUGUUUGAAGAAUGUCUCGUGGAUGCUAGGAUGUUGGAUCACAUCAGUAAAAAAGAAUAUCAAAAAUACUUGAAAGUAGUCGAUAGUUUUCACAGGCACAGUAUCCAGUGCGGAAUAAAGUGUCUUAGUCUAUUAAACUACGAUAGAAGGGUUUUGGAAAAGAGACAACAUCUUUCACAAGGUGAACCAAAAGAUGUAAUGGUUUGGAGUAACCAGCGAGUCAUUGAUUGGCUCAAAUCUGUUGGCGUCAAUGAAUUUGCUGAUAACCUUCAACAUACUGGAGUCCAUGGAGCAGUGAUUGCACUCGAUGAUGGAUUCGAUUGCAACGCUUUAGCUUACGCAUUACAGAUACCCAGCCAAAAUACACAGAUUCGUCAAAUCCUAGAUAGAGAAUACACAUGUCUUCUGUGUAGUGGUACAGACAGAGCCGUAGCAAACGAUUUGGGCGAUGGAGAAUUCAAGCGUACUAAAUCAUGGCGUAAAGUAUUCAAAUCCAAAGAUAAAUCRAAACACAAAGAGAAAGAUAAAGAGAAGGAAGCCGUUCGUAAGUCCUCGUCAGGCUCCGAGUCGUCGCUCAGUCAAUGUAGUAGCAGUUCGUCACCUAAAUCCACGUCUAAAAAUUAUAAGAAUAUUGAAUCGAAGAAAACUGAAUUGAAAUCAAUGGAUGCAGGUUCGUUCAGAAAAGGAAAGCAGUGCUAGCACUGGUAUAUUAAUCAAAACUAAAAAGAAAUAAUUGAAUAAGGUUAAUCAAUUUCAAAAGGAAUUUUCCAUUUUUUCAUAGCAUCUUG